AUGGAGCGACUAGAGCCGCUCCUCUUCUCCGCGUUCCUCAGCAGCAACUUCCUCGUCUCCUCUGUGGUUUUCUCGGCCAUCAGCCGGGUGCAGAGGGCUCCUUACAUGGACGAGAUUUUCCACGUCCCGCAGGCGCAGCGGUACUGCGACGGGAGAUUUUCCGAGUGGGAUCCAAUGAUCACAACUUUACCUGGCCUCUAUCUGGUGUCUACUGGGAUAAUCAAGCCAGUAUCUUGGCUGAUGGGUUGGACAGGGAGUGUAGUAUGUUCUACAGGAAUGCUACGAUUCGUUAAUCUUCUGUUCAAUACCGGCAACCUCUACUUGCUUUAUCUGCUCUUGUGCAAGAUACAUCAGAAGGACAAGGCCACCUGUACAUUCCGGAGAAUUAUGUCUGCAUUAACACUUGCCUCAUUUCCCCUGCUUUACUUUUUCUCAUUCCUCUAUUACACAGAUGCAGGCUCAACAUUCUUCAUUUUAUUUACUUAUCUGAUGUGCCUAUAUGGGAAUCAUAGUAUUGCUGCUUGCCUUGGAUUCUGUGCCUUUAUGUUCCGUCAGACUAACAUCGUCUGGAUUAUAUUCUGUGCAGGAAGUGUUGUUGCACAGAAAUUGACAGAAGCAUGGAAGAUUGAUUCUCUCAAGAAAAGAGAUGAGAAGACAGUUAUUCUAAACUCCACUGUGGAAAUCAAGAAGAUUGUGCGCUUCCUAUUAGAGUAUGUCCUAUCAUUUAACAAUCUGAAAGCACUGAUAUUUCUGACCUGGCCAUACAUCAUCUUGGUUGUGGGAUUUCUGCUGUUUGUCUCCCUGAAUGGAGGAAUAGUUAUUGGCGACAGGACCAACCACGAGAUCUCUCUCAACUUUCCUCAGUUAUUCUACUUCUUUUCCUUCACCCUAGUAUUCUCUGUUCCUCAUCUGCUUUCCCCUCAUAAGAUAAUAACUUUCCUAAGUUCAGUAAAGAAGCAACCUUUAUUUUACCUUUUUUUUGUCGUUGUCUCCUUAUUGUUGAUUUGGAAGUUCACGUACGUUCAUAAGUUUUUGCUGGCCGAUAACAGACAUUACACAUUUUAUGUUUGGAAAAAUAUCUUUCAGAGGCACGAACUAAUCAAGUAUAUGUUGGUCCCAGGGUAUAUCUUUGCUGUUUGGACAUUCAUUGAAACAUUGAAGUCCAAAUCAAUUUUCUGGAACUUAGUGUUUUUUAUCUGUUUGGCUGCUGCUACUGUUCCACAAAAGUUAUUAGAAUUUCGUUAUUUCAUUGUGCCAUACCUUAUCUUCAGACUGAACAUCCCAAUGCCUUUGGGCUUUAAGAUUCUUGUGGAGCUGGCUAUGUAUUCUGUACUAAAUGUGCUAACUGUUUACAUGUUUCUCUACAAAACCUUCCAGUGGCCAGGUAGUGAAGAAGUUCACAGGUUUAUGUGGUGAUGUUUGGGAACAUUUUUAGUUAGAGUUAAAAGAUCAUGUACAUAAAUGGUUAACAUUCUUCAGAAAUACUUGCCAUAAUCAAUAUAUUUGUAAUAUCCACAACAUUUGGAAGAAGAUCUUCCUUUAAUUUUUUUUUCCUAUGUAGUUAUGUAUUUGGAAUCCUGGUGUUCAUGUUUUUUCUGCCAAACUCUCUAAUCACCAUGAUAACAUCAUUUAUUCAAAUCUGUUCAUGUAAACAUUUGUUUUAGU